AUGACAGGGUUAGUCACCGAUAUAUUUCUAGGUGCAUCAACAACAACGCAGACUUUCAAAAGAGAUAUCAAAGUUGUGAUCGCAUAUCUGAAUGUGCCAUUAUCGUCAAGAUCUGUGACUGAAGAUGAAAAUAUCGAUGUCAACUAUUUUGAAGAUGAUUGUGAUUGUAUUUCACAACUGUUAUCAAUAACGGAUAAAUUACUUUAUCUCAUCAUAUCCGCCUCAUCAGGCGACUUUGUUGUACCACUGAUACACAGCCAUAAUGCAAUCGAAAAGAUCUACAUAUAUCAGGAAUCUAAAUGUGCAGAAUCACUUGAUUGGAUGCAAGAGUAUUCAAAAAUUGUACGUAAUAAAACUUCGCCCAAUGAAAUCAUCGAACACAUUAAAAACGACAUCGCUUUAAUCACACAACGUCCCUUUCGCUGGUCAAGGUCGAAAAAAUUGCUGGCCGAAUUGUGCUUACAAUCAACUCAAGUUAGUACUCGAAUGUUGUCUGGCGUAUCAGUACAAGAUGACUCGGAUACAUGGUGUAUUGUUAUAUUAUACUUCAAUAGUCAUCGUGCAUUUCAUCUUUCUCAUCCAAAUAUUACAAUUAAUACAUUUGAUAAUAAGGAUGCAUGCAUUAAUUUUAUUCAAAAUAAUAAUUUCAAAGCUGUUUUUUUAAUUAUUUCGAUGGAUUUACUAAAUGAUAUUCAACGAAUAAUUGAACUAGAUGUUGUACAGGCCAUUUACAUUAUUACUAAUUUAAAUUUGAAUGAACAUAUUCAAAUGAUAUCAUCCUAUUCGAAAAUAAGCGGCAUAUUUUUUCUCAAUGAAGAUCUACUUGAGCAACUUAUAACCGAUAUUUGUUUCUAUCGACAAAUGCGACUUUAUAAACCAGCCAUGAGUAUCUUUAAAUUCGAACCUAAUAUAUUGAAGAAACUUACCAAUUAUCAAAUUAAUUUUCUCUUCUUUCAAUUAUUCAGUGUCAUAUUACCACAAUUACCGAUUCAAUCAAUCAGUAGAUUUACUCACAGUAUGACCAAUGACAAGGAACUAUUUUCAUAUUUAAUCGAUGUGAAUAUUACCGUCAAUAAUCUCUUCAAACAGUUCAACAUAUCUGCACUACAAGAGUCAGUGUUGAAAUUGAACGAAAUCAAUCAGCACAUCAUGUCUUCCGUACAAACACUCGAUCCAUCUCCAGCUAUUUUUUAUCGAGCUCAACUAAUGUCACAAAAUGAUUUAGAUGUAAUUAAAAACAACUCGAAUGCUUUACUUGCCAUACAUACAUUUAUUUCGGCUUCGCGUUCAUUCGAGUCUGUAGCCAAAAUAUGCCGUCAAGCAGUCGAUAGUCAACUCACGGUUGUUCUCUUUGAAUUGAAAGUAGCUAAUACAACAUCGUUAGUGGAUCUGAAUUCAGAGUUGGUAGUUUUUAGUCUAGGUACUCUCUUUCGUCUGGUAUCUACUGAGUCAACACCAAUUGGGAUCUGGAGAGCUCAACUUGAAUCUGCCAGUGGCUCUAUGGAACGUUUAAAAGAUCAGCUUCGAAUCGAAAUUGGCGGUCAACUUACAUGGUUAACUUUCGGCAACUAUUUAACUGCAGUCAAACGAGUUGAUGCUGCUAAAAAUUAUUAUAAAUACCUUUUACAGACACUUCCAUGCAAUCAUCCAAGUCUCGCAUCGAUUAAUAACAACAUAGGCUUGAUGUACUCAGAAAUGAAUGAUAAUCAACUAGCAUUGAAUUCAUUUAAGAAAGUUUUAGAAUUCAACAUCAAGAACUUGCCGAUGGAAACAGAAGAAAAACAUUUAACAGUUACGGACUUAUCAUCACCUCAAUCAUCCACUUUUGACACAACUACAGUCUUGAACAAAAUAGCAGAAAUGUACUAUCGUCAGAAAGAAUACACGAAUUCACUUAAGUAUUAUCGUGAAGCUCUUCAGCUAGCAGAAGAUGCAAACUUGCGUCAAUUUUUUCAAGCUAAAAUUGAAGCAUUGUUGUCUUCUAAUACAAAUUCUCACACAUAA